CGCAGAAGUAUAUACUUCGUAUAAUACAUGUUUCCUUUUAUUCGGUAGAUUAGAUACACCUUGUACGUACGACAAACAUUAGCCGAGUUCCGAUUCGGAGUUAGGUUCGGGAAAGAGUGUUUUUCCAUUGUCUAGUCUCUCUGCUCUUUUCGAAUUAGGAUUUUCGCAGAUCUCCGAAUCCUCGUUUCUGCGUCAACCAUGGGUGUCUGGGAAGCUUUUCUGAAUUGGCUAAGAAGGUAAUGCUCAAGAUAUCCCUAAUUUUGAUUAGGGAAUGCUAUUAUAUUCCAAUUUUGCUUCGAAUUUGUGAACUAUUAUCUUUUUCGGGAGUCUUUGUGCAUAGUUUUAUUUGUGUUCUAAAAUUUGGUUUUAAUUUCAAAAGUUCUUGUCUUGUUGUCUCCUGGUGGUAGGAUUCUCUGUUUUCUGUUUUUAUUUACUCCGUAUAUUUUUAUGUUUGAAAACAUAUUCUGAGGUUUUGAAUUUUUUAAAAAGGUUUGCCUUGUCCUCUAUGCUUUCAAAUCCACCUUAACAAAUUUUCAUCAGCUGAUUUCGUUAUAUGCUCUUACUUGUUAGGAUAUCAAUUUGAUGGGUACAGAAUUGACAUUUGUUAGCUGUGUUUAGGGCUCUUUGGCAAGCUAUGACUAUUUUUUGAAAUCUUAUUGUGAAAACAAUGUAACAAGCAUUGUUAUUAAGCGACUACUUUUUUAAUUUAUGAUCUUUUGUCAGUCUGGCCACCAAGAAUGCUAUGAUUAAUAACUGUGAUUAUGUUUCCUUCCAAAGUUUUUAUGAAAGCUUCAUCGCCCUUCUUUGGGUUCCAUCUAUGAAAUUGAAACUAACUUGUGAAAAUGUGCAAUUUAUGUGUUCCCUAGUCCUCUUUUAGGCAUUUUAGCUCACAAAAACUCAUUGUAAGCCAGUCUCUAUUAGAACAAAAGAGUACUACAAAUUCUAAGCAUUCAGAUUUUUGGUUGAAAAAGAACUCUAGAGAAUGUGCAGCCUCCUUGAUAAGUGAUCAUAGUAUUGAUUGUAUCAAUUCCUCUGAUGCUUUUAUAAGACAUAAUGGAUUUUUAAUAAGAAGUUGUUGUCUAUAUUCCCCUCUGAUCAGUCUGAUGUCUUUAUAAAACUGGGCGUGCUUACAAAUUCCAACUGGUAUUUCAGCCUCUUUUUCAAGCAGGAAAUGGAGCUUUCUUUAAUAGGGCUUCAAAAUGCUGGAAAAACUUCUCUUGUAAAUGUUAUUGCUACUGGUGGUUAUAGUGAAGACAUGAUACCAACGGUGGGAUUUAAUAUGCGGAAGGUUACUAAGGGCAAUGUUACCAUAAAGUUGUGGGACCUUGGAGGUCAACCACGAUUCCGUAGUAUGUGGGAGAGAUACUGUCGUGCAGUAUCUGCUAUAGUAUAUGUUGUGGAUGCUGCUGAUCCAGACAACCUCAGCGUUUCAAAAAGUGAGCUCCAUGAUCUUCUGAGCAAGCCUUCUUUAAGCGGAAUCCCAUUGCUUGUUUUGGGAAACAAGAUUGACAAACAGGGUGCCCUGUCCAAGCAAGCUUUGACUGAUCAGAUGGAUUUGAUGUCGAUAACUGACAGAGAGGUUUGCAGCUAUAUGAUCUCUUGCAAGAACUCUACCAAUAUCGACUCUGUUAUCGAUUGGCUUGUUAAGCAUUCUAAGUCUAAGAGCUGAAUAUGAGUUUUGGAGUACCUCUAAUUGUGUGUGUUGCAUUUGAGAAGGACGACGCUGGUUGUACUGUGCCUGGUUUUCAUAACUACUAUGUGGUGGCGAUGUAUAUUACUCCGUAUAUGAUUAUUUUGUCAAUUGAGAGAUUUAACUUUUUUUCUGUUUAUUGUGAUUGUGUAUUGCUUGGCUGUUCGAACAAUUGUUUUUAUUUUAUUUUAUAUAUGAAAUGAUGUUUCUUGACCUUGGGCUAUGAAAUAUGAGUAAUGAAAUGCAUUAUGUAAUUAUGUAAACUUAA